AUUAGCAGUAUAAUAUAUUUUAUUAGCAUCUAUGUUAAACACGAUUGCUUUUUUAAAACGACCGCCAACGUCACAAUGGAUCGUUUUUCAGCACUAGUAGGCGAUAAAUCGAUACCGUUAUCGAUAUCGGUAUCGAUAUAUUAAUACAUUUGCGACAACCCUACUACGACGCCAACAUUGAAAUUCGGCCUUUUAUGAUGGAAUUAUCGCCAAACAAUCAGAUCGAGGACAGAAAACCCAUCCUAACUGCCGACGGACUGGUCCAGACAUCAAACUCUCCCUUCGAGCCGACUAUCUCGCAGGAGACGCAGACCUCCAACGGAAUCGGCGGCGGCCCGUGCCAACUGACAGUCGACCAGCUCGACAUAGAGAUAUUGCCGAUAAUCUACGACAUUGUGCGCUGCGUGGAGAAGGAUCCCUUGGAGAACGCCGUGAAACUGCGAGAGUCCCAGGAUUGCAAUCACAAGAUCAUAGAGCUGCAGAAAAGAUUCGAUUCCGCGAGGGAGCAGAUCCGGCAGUUGCCUGGCAUUGACUACAACAAGGAGGAGCAACAGCAGCGACUGGAACUGCUACGCAACCAGCUGAAGCUCAAGCAGCAGCUCAUUCGCAAGUACAAGGACAUAGAGUUCUAGAGCAGAUUCGGGAGAGCAAAACAAGAUGGUGCUGCGACUGCUGAUGCGAUAUCUGGCCAACAAUGAGCAGCUGAUCCAGCGCAUGUCGGAGAGCUAUCCCAUAAGACGGGCUGCCCAGUUGGUGGUCUCGCUGAUGUACCGCACCAAGAGCUUGGCCAGGGAGCAGGG